UGCUUCCAGCGGAAAAUGGCUGCUGCAACCUCAAGCCUAUCUUGAUACACCGAAACGACAUCAAGGUGGAGGGAGUGAGAGAGAGAGAGAGAGACGGAGGAAGAUUAGGAAAAUGAGAGCAGAUGGAGAGAGAAUGUGAAGCGAGCCCGAGUGUUUCCUGAAAGGAGGAAUAAAAAGAAGAGGGAGAGAGGAGAGCCUGGGGUGGGCUGCUGCAAGCGGCGGGCAACACCGAGCUAUGGAGGGCGAUGUGCGUGUUCGUGCCGUGGUGAUGACACGUGAUGACUCCAGUGGCGGUUGGGUGCCCCUCGGAGGUGGCGGCCUCAGUCAUGUGGUCAUAUGCAAGGGGCGGAGCCACGACGGCAGGGGGCGGAGAGAGUACAUCAUUCGCGGGGAGCGACUGCGUGACCGAGCACCAGUGCUGGAGUGUGCUGUCCAAAGAGGUCUGGUGUACAACAAGGUGAAUCCCAUCUUCCAUCACUGGAGAGUAGACGAUCGGAAGUUUGGCCUUACAUUCCAGAGUCCUGCCGAUGCCAUCUCCUUUGAAAAAGGGCUGCAGACUGUCCUAGACAAGCUUGACAGAGGCUCUGACUCGCCAUCGUCCUCCACGCCAGAAGAGGCGGACACUGAAGACGACGGUCAAGCUUCCCAUACAGGAAGCGAGUCGUCGUCCAACAGCAGAAAGGGGAUGCUUCCCAAACCUAUCACCAUAGUGACAAGCGAGUCCUCAUCCACCUGCUUCGUGCGGCCCGAAGAGUUCAGCUUUGGGUCCAGCCAUGCCGUCACCACUCACACACCUGCUCAGAUCCACACCAGGCCGGGACAGCACCAGCUCUCUCAAAUGACGACUGUGUUGAACCCCCCGGCGCCCCCGCCCCCACCACCUGCUCCGCCAACUCCUCCUGUGGGUCCCCCGGCCUCCUCCCCUCUGUCCCCCUUGUCGCCCACCAUUUCGCUGCUGGAGGAAGGGGAUCUCCGCUGCGUGGACCCUUGCAAAGAUCUGUGGGGUUCCCGGGGUUAUGAGGAUUACAGACGCGCGGGGGCCACCAGGACUAUGGUCGGGGGGCUGACGGGGGGAGUCGUGGUCGGUGGUGGAGGGAGUCUGCAGGACAAAUCGGAGCUGUGCGUGGUUCGCUUCGAGAAGGAGUUGGCAGGCGUGGGGACGGCUGGCUGUGAGGUGACGGUGACCCUGGACAGCAAAGCCUCCCAGCGCCUGUCGUCGUCGUCCCCCACCUGCAUGUCCAUGCCCAACGCUGUGUCAGGAGUGUCCUCGGAUUCCGGCUCACCCCAGGAGACGGGAAAAGGCUCGCCCUCUCCCUGCUGCAUCCACACCUCGCUGGCUGCGUCCCGGUCGCGGACUCGUAAGCGAGGGGGAGCCAGCGGCAGCGACCCGGGGGCCAUCUCGCCCGACGACGACAGCCCGUGCCCUCAGGCGUCGUCGUCGUGCUCAUCUCGCUGCGUGUACUGCCGCUCGGUUUUCAGCGCCUCAGAAAACGGGCGGGGCCGCUGCAGGGACGCCCCCGACCCGGCCCUGCACUGCCUCCGCCAGUGGACCUGUGUGUGGUGCGCAGAGAGCCUGCUCUACCACUGCAUGUCAGACUCUGAGGGGGAGUUUUGGGAGCCUUGUUCGUGCGAUGACUCUAUGGGGGGCCACCCGCAUCCCCUCUGCUGUGCCCGCUGGUUGGCCCUCCUGGCCCUGUCCCUCUUCGUGCCCUGCAUGUGCUGCUACCUGCCUCUGCGCGCCUGCCUGCGAUGUGGGGAGAGGUGCGGCUGCUGUGGGGGAAAGCACAAAGCGGUCCGGUGAGGCCAGGCUGAGGGGUGGGAGGGCUUCCCUGGACCGAGGGUUCUGGGCAUCAGCUGGGUGGAACAGGCGCUCUCAGCGGAACCAGACAUCCAACACGGUCCUCCAAAGCCCCACAGCCUUCCACUGAUUUCAGCUCUUUCUCCUUUCAACCGGGGGGGGGGGCCUUCCUCAAUGGUCCAAUGCCUGCUGCAGGUGCUCUGCACUCAGACCAGGCUCUUUGCGAGUCAUCUGGAGCCUUCGUAGUGGAUUUACUGGGGAGUGGCUGAUUUAGCUGUCAGCUGUCAAUGGCGUUAGCGAAGAAGGAGGGUUGGCAGAGGCAACAAUGGUGUGUACACUGUUUCCAAUGUCCGUUUGUUUUGGUUUUUUAUUUAGAAAGAAAAUCUUUAAAAAAAACAAACAACAACAACAACAAAAGAUGUUUAUAUAUAUGAUUGUUAUAAUUUUAAUUGGUAUAUUUUAUUAAAUGUAAAACACAUUGACGGAAUCCCCAAAUGGCACAUGAACACAAACACACCUUCACAUAUUCACAGACACAAAAGCUCUUUGGGGGGGUGGGGGGAGUUAUUCGUUUCAUGUUGAACAGACGUCACCCUUUACCUCUAAUUUUACCUCAGAUGUUACUCAAACCUGGGUUAGAGAAAGAAAAUAAAUAAAUAAAUAUGACAGAAGGCUGGGGGGGCGGGCGGCGGGGGUAAGGUUAAGAACGAGCAAGCACAAACGAGUGCAGUCUUGAUCAAAGCAUCUGAGAGCGCGAGCUUUGUCUUCUGGUUAAAGUGUGAGAAUUAUCAAACGCAAACAGCCAAUUAUUGUAAAGGGGCGCUGCAAUGACAACUACAAAGACUUACACGUCAUAUUCCGGGUCACAGUAGUCCCUAGAGACCGGACGUUUGUUUCUGGAACGCGUUUCAACAGAGUCGGCCCAACGCUGUAUGGGGCACUAAGCUGAGUUAGACCUGAGGGGGCCCACUUCCCGUUAAGCCCAUCGCCCACCGGCCACUACCGACAGUUUCUAUGCAGAUUCGGACGCUUAACUAGUUGUGCUAACCAUCAACCGUGGUAAUGAUCGGCGUGCACAAGCAGUCAAAACAAGAUCAAUAACAGAUCAGUAAAUACCAUCAGCAAUUUUCAAAGGAUUCCUUUCAUUGAGGGAAAAAAGCUGUUCAAAAAGGAAUAAUCUUCCCUUGUUAAAUUAUGAAUUUACUGUAAUUACCCACAUUAAUGUUGGAGUUUUAGGUUUCAUUUCUUUAGCCAAAAGCAGCCCUGAUUACUAGCAUACCUGUAGAAUCAGGAAAUCAGGUAAACAGAACCUGUCUGACAACACGGUGUAGGCUACGCCUCAACACAGCGACGAAUCUCUGUGAUUCCCUUUCAAAACGUGACACUCAUGUAGAAUAUAGCUCCGUUACAAACAGAGUGAUAUAUGUGAAGCUCGUGAGUCCGUGUUAUUUUAUUAUACCACUGAUGAAAACCCAAAAAAAUUCAGUUUAUAACACCAAUAAACAAUAAUUUAAAUGCAGAAAUGUCAGCCUAAUGAAACGUAUGACCAUGCACUGCACAGCGUCCGCAUUGGGAAUCCUUUUGCAUGAGUUAGUGCUUUAACGCAGGGUUGCACGGAGGUGAUCGGCUCUGCUGUGGUGUGGAGGAACCAACGUCGGCUUAAUAGCGGCCUUCAGCUCAUCUGCGUUAGUUGGGUGGGAUGUCUCUCAUCCUCUCUCUAUUAUUGGUUCUCUGCGGUGUUCAGGUCAGGUGAGUCUGCUGGCCAAUCAGGAAUCAGUGAUACCACUGUGAUUAAAGCAGGUAUUGGUACUUUUGGCAGUUGGAAAAUACAGUUACUAUUUUCAUAAAGCUACUCUGGAGAGGGAAGCAUCAAACGCUCAGACAAUUUCCCGCUAGGCGACCAAGACACGGUGGACCAACACCAGCAGAUGAAAUGACUCCAUAAUGUUCCCCAACCGUUGAAACCUCACAUAGGAUCUCGAGUAAAUUGGCUUCUGUGCCUCUCCGCUCAUCCUCUAGACUCUUAGACAUUGACUUUCAAAUGAAAUGCAAACUUUUGUCUAAGAAACGAGGAGUUUGGACCCUCUAGCCUCAGCCCAGCCCAGCCCUCUUCCUCCUCAGGCUAGCUAAGAUGUUUGUGACGUAGUUGCUGGUGUAAGGAUGGUUUAAUACAAGGAAUGUGACAAUUGCCGCCCAGGUCUCUGUGAGUUGACCCUUAAGGCUCCGACUCCAGCAGCAGCCCACGCAUGUAGAUCUCCCCACACUCCUAAAUGGGCUUUGCUUCACAAUCCUACCAAGGUUAUCAGUGUUACAUGUGCAGACUUUUUUCCUUCCACUGAACUUUCCAAUAAUAUGCUUGGAUACAGUUUGUUUGGCAGUUACCCGUUGUGUCAAUGAUUGUCUACUGGGCGCCUCUCAAGUCUAUUUGCUUCCCCAUAGCUGUGUAGAUCAUAACAUAAAUUAGUCAUAUGUGAUCAUUUCUAAUUUUCUAAACUGAGUUUUUGGUUUUCAUUAGCAGUGAGCCGUAUUUAUCAUGAAAGCAACAGAAAUGCUGCUUGAAAUGUGUCACUCUGUUUGUAAUGAAUCUAUUUCAGCUUUCUGAGUUUAAAUAUUGAAUUAUUGCACCAAGAUGCAUCUGUGAUGCAAUAAAAUCCAGAUGUUUUUCUUAAGAUGUAUAACUAGCACAUUUACCAGAUGUUAAAUAAAUGCACAUUUUAACAUUUACUUAAGAAUACAAUUUUAAUAAUCAAGCAAUCCCCAAAUCAUCUGAUCGAAUUAAAAACAAGCCAAUUCUCAAUAAAAAGGACAUUUUUAGAUACAUUUUUAGCCCGUGAACUGAAGUAAUCAGUAGGAGUGGCCUACUUUGCUUUUUCUUGGGUCGGCUCUGUGUUUCAAGGAGUAAACAGAAUUACUUUGCACAUAUUUCCCCCCCAUUUCGCUGUGACGUUUUGAGAUAUUACUCAUAAAAACCAUCUCAUCCCACUCCUGUACCCAAUGAAUCAGACAAGGUGCUUAAAACUGAGGCCUCUGAUUGAGUUUAUUCUACCUAACAGACACACAGUGACCCUACAAGAUCCAGAUUUAACGGAGAAAACACCAAAAACUUAAGUGCAAUGAACAGUGGAUGGGCAGAAUAUUCAUGUACCAGGUUUCCGGGUUGGGAAAGAGGAAUUUUACCGUGCUUAUUUUCAAGCUUUGAAACUCAACAGGAAGGGAGCUUCAAUGGUAAAAAGCAGCUGCAGCCUUUGGAAAACAAAAGGAGUCCUUCCCAUUGGAGGACGUUCAGUCAGCUUUUAGUUUACAGUAAAUUAAAAAAUAAACAAAUCAAACUAUGACAUACACAUAUUACAUUAAACAGCUGAAUGUUCUGGCUGUGCAACCAUAGGUGAAAAGAAUUGCAGUUUUGUGAUGAAUGGGACAUGUUUUCUGAUCAAGUAGAGGAAGAAUAUAUGGAAACAUGAACUAAAAACAUACUAAUCAGUGAACUGUCACACCUCCUCCUCUGGCUUUUCUGAAAUUUUAGAGGCUUUUCAUAAAGACAUAAAAUACUCUUUAUCAAUCAGGUUUAACGUUCCUACAUAGCAGCUCUUUUUUCAGCUUUCAGGAGGCUAUACCACCUGGUCAAGCAAUGCAGACACUCACUUAACAACAGACUCAUUCAAAGAAUUAGACUUUUUUUUUUUUUUUUUUACAAAUUCGAAUGUAUGAUGAUCCAAUCGCUUUCCCUUCCUCUGCUGGAUCAGAAGAAAUGUGCCAUUGAUUAAAAUUUUUUAUUUUAUUUACCGGUAGGUGUAUUUUUUUACAAAGCCAGAAUGUUCAGCUGUGAAAUAAAUUUGAUUUAUUUCAUGUCUGUGAUUUGUUUUACCUCUUUUGGACUAAAAAGCUGAGGUUUAACUCACGAUUUUUUAUCAUAAACUGUAUUUCAAAUCCCUGCUCCAACGUUGUAGCAGGGAUUUGAUACAAACUAGCCCCAUAGAUGGUAGAUUUCUAAGGCCUCACAUGACAAACUUCUGAUAGCUGAAGAUAAA